AUGCCAAAGGCACCGGCACAGCCCGCCAAGCGCGGCCGUUCCUCCAAGCCCACGCAACCAGCCGCAAGCACGAAGCGUAAGACCACGCAGCAGCCGGCGAAGAGGAAAUCCGGUCCAUUUGAGUUAUCCGACAGCGAUGUGCCUCCCCAACGAGACGAGCCUGCGGAAGGCGAGGAGGAGGAAGUAGAAGAGGAGGAGGAGGCAGAAGAAGGGCCCGAGAACACGAUCCCGCCGGAGCUGCUCACGCGGCUGCUGCACGAGUUCUUUGAGAAGGACGACACGAGGCUGAGCAAGGACGCGAAUGCUGCGGCAGGGAAGUACAUGGAUGUGUUUGUCAGGGAGGCCAUUGCGAGGUGCGUGCAUGAGAGACCUGGCGGAUUCCUCGAGGUUGAGGAUCUGGAGAAGAUUGCACCGCAGCUUUUGAUGGACUUUUGA